AUGAAGAAUAAUCAACCAAGAUUUCGAAGUAAGGUCGUCAAGAAGACGAUCGUCCCUGUGCCCAAUCAGCAGACUGAUUACAACUCUGAUGACAAUAUGGAUACGGAUACGGAAUUCGACGAGCAGAAUAUGACCUUCGCAGCCAUGAGCAUUAAAGAUUGUGAGUAUCAAUACAUGAAUGAACCACCUCGCAAUUUACUAAACAAAAACUCUAUUAUUUUGCCAAUUACUUUAGAGAGCAACGACAUCAAGUUAGCCAAAAUAUUAGAAGUGAAAAUAAAUAAAGACAUUAAAGGCAUCAUUAAAGCUUGUAAAAAGGACACUGUUAUUGAUAGAAUUGGUUCUACAGAAGAAGACAUUAAGAUUACAUAUAAUUCUCGCCAAUGUUACUCUAAAUUUGAGAUUUUUGAUAUCUUUAGUGACAUUGAUGUGGUAAUUGGUAUGGAUUUGAUCAUGCAAAUUGGCAUUACAAUCUCCAACAUGGCGAUGGAUUGGGAUGAUGAUAAUAACCCUGAGAUUCCUACAAUUUAUCCAGAUCCCUACACUCCUAAUGAUUCUCCUUAUGGUACAGAGGCAGAGAGAGCUCAGUUCAUGAAAGAAAUUGAACCGUACAUUGAGGCCAACAAAAACAUUGAUCCUAAGGCAUAUUGCAAUAUACCAGGUAGUACCCUAGAGUUGCAUAAAUUGAAAGAUCAUGAAAACAAAAUGUAUAAACCUCAAUGGCCCCUGGAAGAAAAGUUUCUACCAACUAUUGAGGAACAAAUGGCUAUAUGGAUUAGGAAUGGUGUCAUUCAACCAGCACCACCUGGAACGCCAUACAACUCACCUAUAUUCUGUGUACGUAAAAAGACUAGCACUGGUGAGUAUGCUCCUGGUGUUUAUAGAGUAGUUGUGGAUUGCAGAGCUGUCAAUGCUGCAUUAGAUCCAGACAAAUCCGAUCGAUUCCCACUACCUUUGAUUAGCACAUUACAUAGAAAGAUGUAUCUGACUAAUUUGUUCUCUGAUCUAAGCUCUGUCACCACCAAUUUUAUAGACGAUAUCACGGUGCACACGGUGUACACAGAAGCAGACAUGGAAACACAUUUAAAAUACGUCAAAAUAGUUAUGGAUUGGUUAAAAAAGGCUAAUCUCAAGAUAAAUCACGCAAAGACUCAUUUUGCUCAGCGUAGCAUUAAUAUAUUAGGCUUUUGCCUACCCGAGAAGAGGUUGGCCUUUGAUUCUCGUAAAGUAAACAAUAUUUUAGAUCGGGAUCCAAAGGUCGCUAACAGUAAAGAACUUCAAUCUCGGUUAGGAUUGGUAAAUUACUUUAGUAGCAAUCUACCUCGUUUGUCUACUUUAACCGCACCAUUGGAUGCCAUUAAAAAUACUCCAGAUAUUGACAAGGUAUGGACAGAGGAUCAUACAACUGCCAUGACCAACAUUCAACAAUUGCUUGUUAGUAGUCGUAUCAUUCCAGCACCUAAUUUAGCCUAUCCAUUUUGCCUUGUCACUAAUGCUAGUGCAUAUGGCAUUGGUACCUGUUUAUAUCAAGUUAUCAAAAAGCGUAUUUACUAUAAUGGCUUCAUCGCCCGUAAACUAUCUGCCAGUGAGCAACGCUAUGGGUCAUCCAAGCGUGAGUUUUUGGCAGUGGUUUAUGCUUUCAAUAAGUUUCGCCAAUGGUUACGGGGUGAAAAGUUUCAUUUAUUCUUGGAUAAUCGUGGUCUAUUGUACCUACAUUCUUAA